AUGGCCAUUUCUGUUCUUUCUAAAGCUCUGUUCAAAUGUGUUUUCAUGACCCUUCUCGUAGCUUAUAUGGUGAACUCCAUUGACGCUGUCGUGGUGCAGCCUCCUAACGCUCAAAACAUUGAUUGUGGAGGAGCUUGUGGGUCGAGGUGCAAAUUAUCUUCAAGGCCAAAUCUAUGCAACAGGGCAUGCGGCACAUGCUGUGCUCGUUGCAGCUGCGUGCCGCCGGGCGCUUUCGGCAACUACGACGCCCGCCCUUGCUACGCCGACAUGACCACCCACGGCGGCCGCCGAAAGUGCCCCUAA